AGCCCUUAGCUCUAGCAAGCUAUUCACCAUCAAUAAUCAUACAAUCGUUAACAAAACAAUACCAUAACCGGGACACGGAGAAGAGGAUUUUCUUUGCGGUUGGGUUGCUCCACGAUUUUAAACUGUAAAGACGUAGCUUGGGAACCAGGAACCUGGUCCAAAGGUCUACCUGAUAUGAGCGAGACUACCGAACCCUCUAAUGAUGGCCCCACUCUUACAGAAGCCGCCCCGCCAGUCCCGACGGAGAGCAAGAUGACGUCGGUCGUCGAGAAGAAGGAGAAGAAGGCGGACGACGUGCCCGAGGAAGAGGAGGAAGAGGAAGAGUACGUGGUGGAGAAGGUGCUGAACCGGCGCGUGGUGAAGGGGCGGGUGGAGUACCUGCUCAAAUGGAAAGGCUUCUCGGACGACGACAACACGUGGGAACCGGAUGACAACUUGGACUGCCCGGACCUGAUCGCAGAGUUCCUGCAGUCUCAGAAAUCGGCCCACGAGGUCAAGAGGAAGAUGGAGGGCGAGGGCGAAGACGGCAAGUCAAAGAAGAGAAAGGAAGACCCGGAGAAACUGAGGGGCUUCGCACGCGCCCUUGACCCAGAGAGGAUCAUCGGAGCUACCGAUUCCACGGGAGAGCUCAUGUUCCUCAUGAAAUGGAAAAAUUCGGACGAGGCCGACCUGGUCCCAGCCAAGGAGGCGAACGUGAAGUGUCCCCAGGUGGUCAUCUCGUUCUACGAGGAGCGGCUCACCUGGCACUCCUACCCCACCGAGGAGGAGAAGAAGGAGGACAAGAUCUGAGGACGAAGUGGAAUCGUGGAAAACGAAUAAAGAUAAAGAAAUGGUGGUUUCAACAAGAGUUUAAAGCAGACCACAUCGGACUUCAUGCAUCUCUUCUGGCAUGGCGUCCCUCAUCUGAUUCCCUUUGGAUAUGAUCAACAUUUAUAUAAUCCAUAGGUUGACAUCGAGCAUACACAAAUCACAUGCUAUGUACAUUUUCACAGUAUUACAUCUCGUAUGACCUUGCCUCAUCCCCAUUCAAAUUGGACAGAUGUUUUUUGACGUAUGUGCUACGCCAGUGCUACAUGCCUUUUUCGCUAUUUUGCUAUCAUGGUACCGUGAAGAUUUAUGCCUUAUCUUCAUCAUAGUAAAUACUUUUGAAAUGAAAUAGUUUUUGAUGCCUUUUAAGGACGACUGACAUCCUGUUUCCCUGAGUUCACUUUAGUUCUUUAGGCGUUUACUUUGUGUUUGUGUAACCUAUCCAAAAAAGAUUCCAUGUACUUGGCUCAUUAGUGCUCUUAGUUAUUGUGGUAUUUUAAUAGUGAUGUCUAGCUUGUCUGUUUUGGAGAAUAAACCACAUUUUGUUACAAG